GUAAAUAUGGACAGAACUACUGUUACGGGUGUUUCAUCUCAAGAGCUGGGUACUACGAUGCAGAUGCAUCACGAUAUGAAACCGAUGUGGAUGUGGUUUCAUACCAAGAUCAACGAUUUGGUUUUAUUCGAGUCUUGGGUUGUUACCACGCCCGGAGGAAUGAUCUGGGCGUGUUUCGUAGUUAUGGCUAUGGGUAUUUUACUGGAGUUCAUCCGAUACUUUCGAUGGCGAAUGGAGGUAGCAAAUCGAAAAGAAGUCAUGUCAUCCACAAAGUACGAAACAUUUGCAUUUGUUAAAUCUCAAAGUAAAUUUCAAAGUUAUAUGUCCCGUCUGUUCUCUCUAUCUCACUUUCUGCAGACCCUUUGUUUUGGCGUUCAACUAGUGCUUAGCUAUUUACUUAUGCUCGUCUUCAUGACAUUCUCUGUGUGGCUUGGAUUGGCAGUGUGUAUGGGAGCUGGCAUCGGUUUUCUUCUCUUUGGCUCAAGGACCAUAAAGCAAGCGGAAUUACAAGAACUGAACAACGAUAGAUGUUGUUGA